AUGCUUUUUGCGUACGUUUGCAUACAACCUUCUUUUCUUAUCUCUUCCUCACUGAAGAAGGCACUUUUUUCCAUUCUGGAUUGUGUUGCUCCAACAUUUGUGCGAGAUAAUGAAAAAGUACGAAAGAAAGCCGGUGCGAUCCAGGCAAAACCUAGGGUCUUUAGGUUCGCUUUCAAGAUUUUUCUUCGGAAUAGCAGUUUUUUUCUACUAUUCAACCUAUUAAGGAGACAGAAAGGGAAAUCGAACUAUUCAUAUUCAUAG